AAGGGAGACCCAGAAAAGCGGAAGAGUUUAGAGGUACACUGGGUCACACAGGGCAUGGAGUUGGAGAACAAUGAACAGCCCGUGGUUCUGAGAGAGGACAACCGCCGCAGGCGCCGGAGGAUGAAGCCACGGGGCUCCGCGGCCAGCCUGUCCUCCAUGGAGCUCAUCCCCAUCGAGUUCGUGCUGCCCACCAGCCAGCGCACCAGCAAGACCCCAGAAACAGCACUGUUGCACGUGGCCGGCCACGGUAACGUGGAACAGAUGAAGGCGCAAGUGUGGCUGCGCGCGGUAGAGACAAGUGUGGCAGCCGACUUCUACCACCGGCUCAGCCCAGACCAUUUCCUGCUGCUCUAUCAGAAAAAGGGGCAGUGGUAUGAGAUCUACGACAAGUACCAGGUGGUGCAGACACUAGACUGCCUGCGUUACUGGAAGGUGCUGCACAGGAGCCCAGGCCAGAUCCACGUGGUGCAGAAGCGUUCUCCGUCCGAGGAGUCGCUCGCCUUCCAGCGGCAGCUCACUGCCCUCAUAGGCUAUGACGUCACCGACGUCAGCAACGUGCAUGAUGAUGAGCUGGAGUUCACGCGCCGCCGCCUGGUCACUCCACGCAUGGCCGAGGUGGCUGGCCGAGACACCAAGCUCUAUGCUAUGCACCCCUGGGUGACAUCCAAGCCCCUCCCGGAAUACCUGUUGAAGAAGAUUACGAACAACUGCAUUUUCAUCAUCAUUCAUCGCAGCACCACCAGCCAGACCAUCAAGGUCUCAGCUGACGACACCCCAGGCACCAUCCUCCAGAGCUUCUUCACCAAGAUGGCCAAGAAGAAGUCUCUAAUGGAUAUCCCCGAAAGCCAAAAUGAGCAGGACUUUGUGCUGCGCGUUUGUGGCCGCGAUGAGUACUUGGUGGGUGAAACGCCCAUCAAAAACUUCCAGUGGGUGAGGCACUGCCUCAAGAACGGAGAAGAGAUUCACCUGGUGCUUGACACUCCUCCAGACCCAGCCGAGGACGAGGUGAGGAAAGAAGAGUGGCCACUGGUGGAUGACUGCACAGGAGUCACCGGCUAUCAUGAGCAGCUAACAAUCCAUGGGAAGGACCAUGAGAGCGUGUUCACUGUGUCCUUAUGGGACUGUGACCGGAAGUUCAGGGUCAAGAUCAGGGGCAUCGAUAUCCCUGUCCUGCCCCGGAAUGCUGACCUCACAGUGUUUGUGGAGGCAAACAUCCAACAUGGGCAGCAAGUCCUUUGCCAAAGGAGAACCAGUCCUAAGCCCUUCACAGAGGAGGUGCUCUGGAAUGUGUGGCUUGAGUUCAGUAUCAAAAUCAAAGACUUACCCAAAGGGGCUCUACUGAACCUCCAGGUCUACUGUGGCAAAGCUCCAGCAUUAUCUAGUAAGGCCUCAGCAGAGAUUCCCAGUUCUGAAUCCAAAGGCAAAGCUCAGCUUCUCUAUUACGUGAACCUUCUGCUGAUAGACCACCGGUUCCUCCUGCGCCAUGGGGAGUAUGUGCUCCACAUGUGGCAAAUAUCUGGGAAGGGAGAAGACCAAGGGAGCUUCAAUGCUGACAAGUUAACUUCUGCAACCAACCCAGACAAAGAGAAUUCGAUGUCCAUCUGCAUUCUUCUGGACAAUUACUGUCACCCAAUAGCCUUGCCUAAGCAUCGGCCCACCCCUGACCCUGAAGGGGACCGGGUUCGAGCCGAAAUGCCCAACCAGCUUCGGAAGCAGCUGGAGGCUAUCAUAGCCACUGAUCCACUUAACCCUCUCACAGCAGAAGACAAAGAAUUGCUCUGGCACUUCAGAUAUGAAAGCCUUAAGCAUCCAAAAGCAUAUCCUAAGCUAUUUAGCUCAGUGAAAUGGGGACAGCAAGAAAUUGUAGCCAAAACAUACCAAUUGUUAUCCAGAAGGGAGGUCUGGGAUCAAAGUGCUUUGGAUGUUGGGCUAACGAUGCAACUCCUGGACUGCAACUUUUCGGAUGAAAAUGUAAGAGCCAUUGCAGUUCAGAAACUGGAGAGUUUAGAGGAUGAUGAUGUUCUGCAUUACCUGCUACAGCUGGUCCAGGCUGUGAAAUUUGAACCUUACCAUGACAGUGCCCUGGCCAGGUUUCUGCUAAAACGUGCUUUAAGAAACAAAAGAAUUGGUCACUUCCUGUUUUGGUUCUUGAGAAGUGAGAUAGCCCAGUCCAGGCACUAUCAGCAGAGGUUUGCUGUGAUCCUGGAAGCCUACCUGAGGGGCUGCGGCGGCGCCAUGCUACAUGACUUCACCCAACAAGUCCAAGUAAUUGAGAUGUUACAAAAAGUUACUAUUGAUAUUAAGUCACUCUCUGCUGAAAAGUAUGAUGUCAGUUCCCAAGUUAUUUCACAACUUAAGCAAAAGCUUGAAAACCUCCAGAAUUCGAAUCUCCCCAAGAGCUUUAGAGUUCCUUAUGAUCCUGGACUUAAAGCAGGAGCACUAGUGGUUGAAAAAUGUAAAGUAAUGGCCUCCAAGAAAAAGCCCCUGUGGCUUGAGUUUAAAUGUGCUGACCCUACAGCUCUAUCAAAUGAAACAAUUGGAAUUAUCUUUAAACAUGGUGAUGAUCUGCGCCAAGACAUGCUUAUUUUACAGAUUCUACGAAUCAUGGAGUCCAUUUGGGAGACUGAGUCUUUGGAUCUGUGCCUCUUGCCAUAUGGUUGUAUUUCAACUGGUGACAAAAUAGGAAUGAUCGAGAUUGUGAAAGAUGCCACAACAAUUGCCAAAAUUCAGCAAAGCACAGUGGGCAACACAGGUGCAUUUAAAGAUGAAGUCCUGAAUCACUGGCUCAAAGAAAAAUGCCCCAUUGAAGAAAAGUUUCAGGCAGCAGUGGAGAGAUUUGUUUAUUCCUGUGCUGGCUACUGUGUGGCAACUUUUGUUCUUGGAAUAGGUGACCGGCACAAUGACAACAUUAUGAUUACAGAGACAGGAAAUCUAUUUCAUAUUGACUUUGGGCACAUUCUUGGGAACUACAAAAGUUUCCUGGGCAUUAAUAAAGAGAGAGUACCAUUUGUGCUAACCCCAGACUUCCUGUUUGUGAUGGGAACUUCUGGAAAGAAGACGAGCCUACACUUCCAGAAAUUUCAGGACGUGUGCGCUAAGGCUUACCUAGCCCUUCGUCAUCACACAAACCUACUGAUCAUCCUGUUUUCCAUGAUGCUGAUGACAGGAAUGCCCCAGUUAACAAGCAAAGAAGACAUUGAAUAUAUUCGGGAUGCUUUAACAGUGGGGAAAAAUGAAGAGGAUGCUAAAAAGUAUUUUCUUGAUCAGAUUGAAGUUUGUAGAGACAAAGGAUGGACUGUGCAGUUUAAUUGGUUCCUACAUCUUGUUCUUGGCAUCAAGCAAGGAGAGAAACAUUCAGCCUAAUAUGUUGGGCUAGAAUUAAAAACAAGUUAGUGUUCCAAAGCUUUGAAUCAGCAUGUCAAUUAUAGGCCUUAGAUUUACAUUGUAAUAGGACAUUAUGAAAGCUGACACUUGAGAAAUAUAUCCCUUUUCCUAGCUGAACUCUUCACUGGAGAAAAUUAUUGGCACAGCUGACUGUUUAAGUAAUGUUCAAUUCUAGGCCUAUUUGCAGGUUUGUUUCUUUCUCAUUUGUCUCAGUAGUUUUGCAGAAUAUUCUAAGUUUAAACAGACUAAUCACUUCCUCCUUGUGCCUGAUGUUUUGACUGUAGUCUUAUUGAGUGCUUCUGGAAAUUCUUUAGAAUAAUUGGUGACAUCUGUUUUCAUCUGUGUUUACUCUCAAUUUUGGUUAUCCUUGUGUUCCUCAAGCUCUUUACAGAAAAAGAUGUAAUCAUUGUAAUCUUUG